AACGUGUUAGCAAACAGGCACUCGCUUACAGGAGACAUGGAUGAACAUCAACAUCCCAUUAGAGUCGUUUUUCUUGCUACCUCAUGAAUGUUGCUAACCAGAAUGCCCUCUGAGGACCGACACCUGUCCUCGAGCUGUGGUUCUUACGUCAAAACCGAGCCUUCCAGUCCCUCCUCCUCGCUAGUAGACACCGGCAGCCACCACAGUCCCAGCGGCAACUCGGACGCCAGCGGCGGCUACAUUAACGGCGGCAGCAGACACUCGCACGCCCUCGACUCCCCGCCAAUGUUCAACCCGGGCAUGCUCGGAGGCGGCGCCGCCUGCCUACGCCGCUACGAGGAGUGCGCCGGCGGCGUGGCGGACGACUCGCCAAUCAAGUGCGAGUACAUGCUCAACGCCAUGCCCAAGAGGCUGUGCCUGGUGUGUGGCGACAUCGCCUCAGGGUACCACUAUGGGGUGGCCUCCUGUGAGGCCUGCAAAGCCUUUUUCAAAAGGACGAUACAAGGGAAUAUUGAGUACAGCUGUCCGGCCACCAACGAGUGUGAGAUCACCAAGAGGAGACGCAAGUCGUGCCAGGCCUGCCGCUUCAUGAAAUGUCUUAAAGUUGGCAUGUUGAAAGAAGGUGUACGUCUGGACCGGGUGAGAGGGGGCAGACAGAAGUACAAACGGAGGCUGGACUCGGAGAACAGCGCCUACCUCGGCCUCACCAUCCCCCCUCCAGCCAAAAAGCCAUUGACGAAGACCGUCUCCCAUCUGUUGGUGGUGGAGCCAGAGAAGAUCUAUGCCAUGCCCGACCCCACCAUGCCCGACGGAGACAUCAAGGCCCUGACCACGCUGUGCGACUUGGCCGACCGCGAACUGGUGGUCAUCAUCGGCUGGGCAAAACAUAUCCCAGGUUUUUCCACUCUCUCGCUGGCAGACCAGAUGAGUCUACUGCAGAGCGCCUGGAUGGAGAUCCUGGUGCUGAGCAUCGUGUUUCGCUCGCUGCCCUGUGAGGACGAGAUCGUGUACGCGGAAGACUACGUGGUGGACGAGGAGCAGGCAAGGAUCUCGGGCCUGCUGGACCUGCACGUCGCCAUCCUGCCGCUGGUGCGACGCUACAAGAAGCUGCGCAUGGAGAAGGAGGAGUUCGUCACGCUCAAAGCCAUCGCCCUCGCCAACUCAGACUCCAUGCACAUAGAGAAUAUCGAGGCCGUCCAAAGGCUCCAGGAUUCUCUCCACGAGGCCCUGCAGGACUUUGAGGGCUCCCAGCAUCCAGAGGACCCUCGGCGGGCGGGCAAGCUGCUAAUGACCCUGCCGCUGCUCCGUCAGACCGCCACCAAGGCUGUUCAGCACUUCUACAGCAUCAAAAUGCAGGGCAAAGUCCCUAUGCACAAACUAUUCCUCGAGAUGUUGGAGGCCAAGGCUUGA